AUGGCUUCAUCUAUUGACCCGCAGGAUCGGGCUCGUCCAAGAGACAAGUACAAGGAAGCAGUGGUAUCCCUUAUCCAUGAGCUCAAGUCUCGGUCCAAGCCUACCUACACGUAUACUGAGCUCGCUCAGUUCCAAGUGUCCGUCCAAUCCAUCGACCCGGAAGAUCAUGAAUUCAUAGAUUCGGAAGCUUGUCUCUUCCAGCCACUUAUACAGAAAGAGCUUAAAACAUUCAAACUCGAUAAAAAAGCACUUUCUGAGGUCGGUUCUCGCUGUAUCGACGAAUUCGAUGAUACGUUUUAUGACGUGACAGAUAGGAUUCCUGAGGAUUCCCAGAUAUGGACGAGAGCUGGUCAAAUUGUAUUCUAUCUUGAGGUCUUUGAGUCACAGUCUGACAGGAAGAGGGGGAGAUCGACCUCCUCCAUACAGGACCUUUCGCAUUGGGAUAAUAUCAAGGCCGAAAACUCUUUCACCGAUACUCCAACAGGAAUGUUAUCUGGUAUUACAGUUGGACAUUCAAAGCCUCAGGAUAUUCUGAGAUGGAAUGCCCAUUCUAUCUGCCAAUGGCUUGACGAUUUCAAGGAUCCGGAUCCGAAGACCACUCGCCCUCACGUCAAACUUGUGAUUCUUACUGGUACAGAGGCUAAAGAAAAUGAACUACUCCAUGGCGAGUUAGCAUCUAUUAUAAAUACCCUCUACUACCGUCUCGAACAGCCAGAAUUCGAGGAUACCUCAUUCUUCCCAGUCCUUGUCAUCUCGCUCUUUGGGCCAAGGCACGGUCGUCUCCUACAGGCUCAAUUCGAUAAUUCCGGCUUACUUGUCCGAUCCUCGCCGAUCUAUAAUUUUGUGGACAGUGAUGAAAAGAUGCAGCUUUUCGUUCGCUACAACAAUUGCAAACCCCGAGGCCCAGAAAUAGAGCCUGUUCUAGUUGAAGAGCAGUCGUCAUCUCCUCGCUUGUCAAGCCUCGCUCUUCGGAUCAAGCAAAGAAAAUCUUGA